AUGGCUGAGUUUUCUGUCAACCUCCUGGGCUUGAGAAUUUUUGUUUCUUGCGCAGGGUUUGUGGGUAACGUAUUUUUCAUCCUUUGCAUCAUCCGUAAUAAGUUCUCCCACGUUAAAUCGUUUGAGUUGUUUCUCCUGGGAUUGACUGCCGCCAACUUGGAGGAAAUCUGCAUCAUAAACAUCUAUGAUGUCAUCAUCCUUCAGGCUUACUCCACCACCGGCACUUGGUCGUGUCGCUUACUUAAGUUUCUGACGUUGUUUGGUGAAAUCGCCAGCAUCCUUUUCACGGUCAUCAUCAGCAUCUUCCGCUACCAGAAGCUGAGAGACGCCAACAACAGGGUCAAUCCGAUCUACCUGGACAGCAUCAGAUCAGCGUGGAUGCUGAGUGGAGUUUGUGUGACGCUCUCCGUGCUCGUGUGUCUCCCAAUUUUUACUAUUAACCAUCAGGGUUCUGCUGAAAAUGUCACCAGAAACGACAGCAGCUAUUGCCCUCCAGACUUCUUUCAGUGUGAUGAAAAUCAUUGUCCCAAACAAAACCGCGCGUACAAAAACCUAUUCAUCCUUGUGUGCCACCUGCUGCCUCUGAUCAUUGUCACAGUCACCAGCUGCCUCAUCAUCUCAGUGCUGCUGAAGCAGAGGAAAGCUGUGACACCAGUGGUCAAUGUGAGCCGGUCAAACCAGCACGGCAGGAGGAAUAAAGACCCGAGGCUCCAUCGAAGCACGGUGGCUGUAGUGGCAGCCAUGGGGUUAUUCCAGGUCGACUGGACCCUCCACCUGAUCUUCCAGUGGAGCUUUAGCCCUUACGACCUUCCUUUUUGGGACGAAAUUGAAUUCUUCAUCUCAAUUUCCUACACAUCCUUAUGUCCAUAUGUGUACGGGAUAGGGAUUGGCCUGUUCUCUCUUAAUAAUUUAAAUCUUUGCAUAUGUGAGACUUGA